AUGGACGAAAGAGGAAGGGAGAAUGCUAUAAAGGAAGCCACCACUGAACCCCCCAAACAGAAACCCGAUCCAGUGACUUCGGAGACUGUUGUGAUCUGGGGUUUGCGGCUUUGGCAAGUGGUGGGAAUCUUUGCCAUCUUCGUCUUGUCCAUUAUCAUUACCCUGUGCUGUAUCUUCAAAUGCCGCAUCCCGAGGACCAAGAAGGAGAUCGAGGCGCGGUACGCCAAAAGGAAAGCCGCCAAAAUGUACGCCGACAAGCUGGACACGGUGCCACCACUCAAUGAGCUGACAGACAUCCCGGGAGGCUCCACUGAAAGCCUUCCUACUCUCUCUGGCCAAGUCGACUCCCGGCCUCUCCACUCUCUGCCGGUGGUCACCGAGGAAGACGAAGUAACCCCGCAGGGCCACUAG